AUGUACCCUUUGUUGGUGGCGUUCGUUGUUCCGGCGCUGUUGGUGGCGUUGUUGGGCUUAUUAACGUGUCUGCAUCGAAACAACACCCACAUACCCAGUUCGAGCAGUAGACCCAGCUGGUUUUGGGCCAACAACCAGCAGUCACAGUAAGAUUAUAUUAUACUCGCUUCUUUUAAAUUUGCUGAUUUGUUAAGUUAGAUGUUUAUUUUUGCUAUACUGGUUUACAUGUUUUACUUUUAUACUUUGCAAUCUACCUUAAGAAAGAGCUAAGGCUAGAGCUGAAGCUCAAACCUAAAAAUGUGUGCUUAAGCCUAAAACAUAUUUGUGUAAGCCAAAAAAAAGUUUGAACCUAGACCGCGAAACUCUAAAAAUAAGCCUAAAUUGCGUAAGCCUAAGAAUGUGUACUUAAGCCUAUAACAACCCGUCUAAGCCUUAAUUGCGUAAGCCUAAAAUUGUGUACUUAAGCCUCAAAUACCCGCCUAAGCCUAAAUUGCGUAAGCCUAUAAAUGUGUACCUAAGCCUAAACUAUAUCCUACUAAGCCUAAAAAUGUGUACCUAAGCCUAAACUAUAUCCUACUAAGCCUAAAAAUGUGUACCUAAGCCUAAAAUUUAUGUACCUAAUCCUAAAAUACACGCUUAAGCUUAAAUUACGUAAGCCUAAAAAUGUGUACCUAAGCUUAAAAUCUACGUACUUUAGCUUAACUUACGUAAGCCUAAAGAUCAGUGCCUAAGCCUAAAAAAAAUUGGCAACGCUUAACUUUUCAAAAUUAAAUUUUAACCACUUCCUUUUUCAGAUACAUUCUAAUCCCCAGCUCACAACCCCCAUCCCAAACACAUCAUUUCGAAGACUUGCCACGCUACCAGGACCUCCAAUUGCCAGCCAUCAACAAACUCAAAAGCGAUCCAUUAACGAAAACCUGGUCGGUGUGA